AUGUCCCUCUCUACCCGCUUCACGAUGUCACGACCUGCGCUCGCUGCAUUCCUCUACGCGGCGGCGCUGCCUGCCGUUCAGGCGCGCUGCUUCUUCAAUGACGAUGACGACGAUGAUGAUGACGACCGCUACUGCGGUCUGUCCACCGGUGCCCGUGUUGGCAUCGCUGUUGGCGUCUCCACAUUCGUCUUCAUCCUCAUCUUCCUUUUGAUCAUGAACCAGCGUCGCCGCUCGCACAACUCUUCACCCGAAGCUCCACCCUUCGUCCCGAACAACAUCCCGCCUCCCCAGCUCCCGCCUCCGACGUUCUAUGCUGCACCCCCCGGUCCACCGCCAGUUGGAAGCGGCUUUGCGCCUCAAGCGGGCUUCGCAUCCCAAGCACCGCUCGACAACGGCGCCCAGUUCGCUCCUCCUGCCGGUCCUCCCCCCAGCCAUCUUCGCAACGCGUCCGGAAGCGAGGCACCGCCGGCGUACAUCGCGCCCCCGCCAGGCUCGCCCAUGGCGCAGCUCGCAGACAAGUCGUUCGCUGGCGCGAAGGCCGCCGAGCAGGUCUAA